CUGUCCUUUCACUCCUGGCAGAAUAUGAGCACUUACAAAAUACAUUGUAAGUUAGGUUUUCACGUUGCUGCAGUCAGCAUUGUUUCUAUGUGUAAAUCACUAAUUGCAUAGUGAUGUGUUUUCCUCAUCUAACAAAUUUAACAAUAAGCUUUGGGCAUCAAGUAAAAUACCAAAUAUUAUCAGAAAGUCAGACUUCCCAUUGAAGUUUAAUCAUGGGCUACUGUGUUCAAGAUGUGUCUCAAAUCACUAGUAAGGUUGAUGUUGUUUGAUGUUUUUUACAGCAUAACGUGUUUUUUACAGUAUAACGUAUAAGGCUGAGAAGUAAAGGAGAUUCUUCCUCUCUGUCCUCAAGGCCCUCAGCUGCAGACUGGCCAGGGUGUAGCAAGAGGUUUUGGUUGUAUUCACUGUCUGCUUAGCUUUUUAUUUCAAUCUUUUUCUGUGUAUUUAUUGUCAUUAGCACUGUUUCUCUUGGAAUACUUAGCUGUGUUUAGCUUGAAUAAAACAUUCAAGUUGCCUGUUCUUGAAAUAAACAUUUUGUUGGUUCUUCAUGUGUUUGGUCUCUUGAUGGUAAACUUUCCCCCCUUCCCCUACCUGACCUGCCUUGAGACCAUCCUUAAUCCUGUAGUAUUCAAGACAGAAAUAGACCUAAGACAUCCUAGUCUAGUUCAUAGUUUGACCAAAUCAAGGUUGGGAUUUUUGUUGGUUUUUGCUUUUACAAUGCAAUAAUCUGUCAGUUCAUGCUGCUACAAUUAUAUUUAAGAAAUCUUCUAAGUUAGCUUUGUGUGAUUUAUCCUGUAUGACCUUUUGUUAUUUUGUGCUUUUCACUAGAACCAUUCUUAUAUGUAAAAUUAUGAUUGUGCAGUGCAUUAUAUUUUGGCCUCCUCUUAACUGCAUUUUAGAGUUCUUCAUUAGACACUUACAUCUUCGAUUUUGUUCGUGUGUUUCAUUUGCCUUUCUUUUUGCUAAUGGUUCCUUGCUGGGUGCAGUGUGAUGGCUUUGCUCGUCCUCAGCCAUGUAAGGCCUCUUCAUCACCCACGUGUCUGUGUCGUGCUGCUGCUUCUCCUGCAGGAAAUCAGCAGUGGGAUGGACCUGGCUGAAAGCUGGUCUUGCUUAGUUGGUUUCUUUGGGGCUACCUGAGUUUUUCCAGGUUCCUUCCACCCGGGCAGGGUGGAGAGCAGGGGAGGAAUGAAAACAGCCUUGCAGCAGUGUCAAAUCUGUUCCUGUCUGUUCCUUGUUACAGCACACGCCCUGGGUAUGGCUGUAUAGAUGGUUAUAUGGUUAUGGUUAUAGAGGGGAGCAGGCUGAAUGGAGAAGCUAGAACAAGGAUUGGGUGAUAUGAUGACCCUGAACCUGAGGGUUGCUGAUGGGUGUGAGCUGGCAUCACAACCAGAUGGAUGGAGAUGCUUAUCUUGAGUAAGUUACUGAAGAUUUUGUUUAAGAGGCUUUGCACACACAGUGAGGCAGAGGAGGCAUGUCUGGUGCCCCCUUUUCCAGAGGACUGCUGCCCUGCAGAGAAUGGGACAGCUGCAGGGUUGGGAAGGAAACCUGUUGCCUGCAGUUUGGUUGGUAUUGCUUUUAAAGUCCCUGUAUUUAAAGCAGAUAUAUUACAUCAGGUUACAGUGCUGACCCUGCUGUUGCUUCAGUGCUUGUGAAAGUAUGAAGCAAAUGUAGCAAAACCUUCUGCGUCUUAGUGCUGGAGCUGAGGGUUCAGUUUAGGUGUGUUCUUCCUUGAAACAGGUUUUAAUGGCAGCAGGGUUUUCACUGCACCAAGAAUUCGAUACCUGUUAUUGAAAGAAAAGAACGGCUAAAAUUUGGAGGAAGGUACUUAUUUUCCUGGAAUUCACUGCCUGACUUCUGCAGUAGGUUGUAGAAUGGAACUUAUGGAUAAAACAAUCAAUAGUUACUUUGAUGUUUGGCUUGGACCCAGAGACCCCAGGGUAAAAGGAUGGCUUCUUCUGGAGAACUAUACGCCUACCUUUAUCUUCUCAGUCUUGUACUUACUAAUCGUAUGGCUAGGUCCAAAGUACAUGAGGAAUAAGCAGCCAUUCUCAUGCAGGGGUAUUCUAGUGAUCUACAACCUCGGACUUACAUUGCUUUCUCUGUAUAUGUUUUAUGAGCUGGUGACGGGAGUAUUGGAAGGAGGAUACAAUUUCUUCUGCCAGGAUACACACAGUGGAGGAGAGGCUGAUAUGAAGAUCAUACGUGUCCUCUGGUGGUACUAUUUCUCCAAACUCAUUGAGUUCAUGGAUACCUUCUUUUUCAUUUUGAGGAAAAAUAAUCAUCAGAUCACUGUUCUGCAUGUCUACCACCAUGCAACAAUGCUGAACAUCUGGUGGUUUGUUAUGAACUGGGUGCCUUGUGGUCACUCUUACUUUGGUGCCACACUGAACAGCUUUAUCCAUGUCCUCAUGUACUCCUACUACGGAUUGUCCGCUGUUCCAGCAAUGCGUCCUUAUCUGUGGUGGAAGAAGUACAUCACUCAGGGGCAGCUGAUUCAGUUUGUCUUGACAAUCUUCCAGACCAGCUGUGGUGUUGUUUGGCCAUGUGCAUUUCCUCAGGGAUGGCUGUAUUUUCAGAUUUCUUACAUGAUUUCUUUGAUUAUCCUCUUCACAAAUUUCUAUAUUCAGACUUACAACAAGAAGGCAUCCUCAAGGAGGAAAGAGUAUCAGAACGGCUCCACGGCCAUUGCAAACGGGCACACAAACAGCUUUUCUUCCCUUGAGAACAAUGUGAAACAAAGGAAACAAAGGAAGGAUUGAAGACCAAACUGAAAAACCAUUUUGGUAACCCCAACAACAAAAUCAUCUGAUUGUAAGCACAAUGAGAGUUGUGCACUAAUACUCUAAUGGCUACUGUAACUAUUCCUGCCUAGAAUAGUGUGAUUUAUGUAGGACUUAACCAGUGCAAACACCCUAGAAACCGUAUACAGAACAUAAAAGUAGGUUAAAGUUUAAAAAUAAUUCUGGGCUGUCACUGACCCUGCUAUAGACUAUGGAAGGGAGUAUUAUCAUAUUAUCUGACACUGCUGUUGCCUUACUAGUCAAUAUGAUAGGUGCUGAAUUAUGAUUCACAAUUUGAAAACACUGUAAUCUAAACCUCCAUUUUUUAAACUAUAGAUCAUGCAUGUGAUUGUAGAGGUAAUUUGUAUGAUGCUGGUUUCAGUAGAUAAACACACAUGCCUUAAAUUAAAAAGCAGGGCCCAAAGCUUAUUACUGGUUUAAAAAUUAGGGUAUGUUUCAGCUUUUCAAUUGAUUGACUUUUUAUUAAAAAGUCAUUUAGAAGAAUCCAUUGAUCAUUUUACUGUUCUGUAUGUGAUACACGAUGCUACGUAUCUCUUACUCGAUACAGUGAAAUUGGAAAUGGCACAUUUAGUUUUGUAUAUUUGGCUUUAAUUGAUUCAACAGUCACAAAACAGAUGGAAAAAUUAUUUUACCUUUUUAAUAGAUCUUAUUUUUUUAUUUGAAGUACAUCACUAACACAAAAGUAAUUGGCACUUACAGUCGAGUAAGAUUUAAAUAUUGUCUCUAAAGUUUAGAGCAUAUACAGGGUGGACCCAUCUAUUCUUUUUACUUUUUUUUCUUUUUUCUUUCUUUCUUAUUUCUGAGAAUUCUUAAAUGCUAAAUGAAGAGUGUUUUUUAAUAUGAAACUGGCAGUUUCAAGUGUUAUUACCAUAGCCAUAUCCAUGUUUUAGGAGCUACUGUUUAAGUCUGUGACAUAUCCAAAAGUGUAUUUAAAAGUGGAGCCAGAAAGAUGCUUUUCUGAUGGAAUUGUCUGUAUUUAAGUUGGUAUCUGAAUUGUUCUUCAUGUAGCAUACAUUCACUUUCAAAAUGUGCCUAACACAAAAAUGGUUUUUUUCCCUAAACAAGCAAGUUUAAACAGUUUAAGUCAUAGCUAAUGUUUUUAAAUGUUACUGAAAUGUGCUGGAAAUGUCUACUUCUGUAAUGUGAGUUGUGUAUAUCACUGGUAAUGUUUUGGCUUGUUAGCUAAGGAUUUGGUUUGAGUGCUGGUUAAAGUUACUCCUUCUUGUAAAAUGCUGUCUUGCACAUAUGAGGAGUCAGUUGCAAAGCCAGUAUUAUCUGUUGCUGGUAUUCUGGUAUCUGCCAUGGUGGAGUCCAUUAAGCUCUGAAAAAUUGAAUUGUGCAAGACGUUCUGCUGGUCAUUGCUCAAGUUUAACUAUUUGGGUUUUUGAUAUUUAUAUAAAUGCCAGUUUUAACACAUUUAAUUGUUUUUAAAUAUUUUUUAAAAUUUUUGCACAUCUCUUAAGGAAUUAAUAAGUUCUCUUACUAGCCUUGUGGGUUUUCAUUCCUUGUUUUGAAGGAGACAGUGUCUGUUAUGUUUACAUUAUCAAAGCUUGUGCGUGUGUCUUCAUUUCUAGGUACUGGUUUGCAGAGUCUUUACAUAGCUCAGUACAGCAGCUAUAAUGUUCAAAAUAGGCUGUCUAAAUGUGCUAGAAAUAAACUCUUGGCUCAUCUGAGUAUACUUCAUUGUUAAUGUUUGAGAUGGUUUAAUCAUUAAAACACUUUUGAUGAUC